AGAGGAGCUGGGAGUCUGGAGGAGCAGGAGCAGGCAGCACAGAGUUCAGCGGCUCCCGCGUUCGUCCGACACUCAGCUAGAGCUGCUCUCCAGGCAGUGGAGGUGAUGAUGGCGGCGGCUGUAGAGAGAGGAGGCGUCCGGGCCGCUUUCCUGAACCCGAGCAGCGGUGGCGGCGGUGGACCAGCACCGACAACCCUCCAGACUGGAGCGUUAGCCGGGGCUGUGGUCCUGGGCUCGGGCUCCGACAGCAUGCCUGUACCCAUGAACCUCUUUGCGACCUGGGAGAUAGACCGAUCAUCCCCAAGCUGCGUUCCAAGACUGUGCAGCCUCACGCUGAAAAAGCUGGUCGUCCUCAAAGAAUUGGAUAAAGAGCUGAACUCCCUGUCUAUAGCUGUCAAAAUCCAGGGUUCUAAGCGUCUUUUGAGAUCAAAUGAGUAUGUCCUCCCACCCAGUGGAAUGAUGGAGACCGAUCUGGAGCUCACAUUCUCACUACAGUACUCCCAUUUUCUAAAGAGGGAUGCCAACAGACUGCAGAUUAUGCUGCAGAGGAGGAAACGCUACAAGAAUCGAACAAUCCUGGGCUACAAAACGUUGGCUGUGGGAGUUAUCAAUAUGGCUGAGGUGAUGCAACACCCGACAGACGGAGGACAGAUUCUGGGUCUCCAUAGCAACGUGAAGGAGGCGCCAGUGCGUGUGGCGGAGAUCAGCGUGUACUCUCUGUCCAGCCAGCCCAUCGACCACGAGGACGGUAGCGGCCAGGCUGGCCGCAAGACCAAAACCUCAGACCGCUCCCCAGACAUGGAUAACUAUUCUGAGGAGGACGAUGACAGCUACUCGUCAGAGCAGGAAGCCAGCGAUGAUGCAGUUCAUGCCCAGGAUCUUUAUGAUGAAGACGACGAGGUCAGGAAGCCUAAGAAAGCCCGGAGGAAAAUGAUCCGAACCACCUCCAUGACCAGGCAACCUAACUUCAAGCAGAAGUUUGUGGCCUUGCUGAAGAGGUUCAAGGUAACAGAUGAGGUCCUGGACUCCGACCCAGUCGACCAGACCCAAGAAGUGGAGGAGGAUCUGGACUUACUCUACGACAGUCUAGAGGUGUACAACCAGAGCGACAGUGGGCCAGAGAUGGAGGACAACGAGAGCGUCCUGAGCACGCCCAAGCCCAAACUCAAGCCGUUUUUUGAAGGGAUGUCUCACUCCAGUUCCCAGACAGAAAUUGGAAGCCUACACAGCCAAAAAAGCCAGCAGAGAGAGCUGUCGUGUCCUAGUGGUGAAUUUUUGACCGUGGACAGAUGUAAAGUGCAAGGGGCCCGGAAUAAAGAUGACAGCGUCACAGAUAGAACCGUUGGGGAGCCAGAGGCUGACGACAGCGGGCCGGGGCCGGGGGAGGUGAGCAGCUGGGAUGUCAACACCGAACGGAUGACCAGCACUGUUGGCAAGCUCUGCAAGACAGAGUCCCAAAACCACAUGUCUCCCAGUAAAGUGGAGAACAGGCUGCAGAGGCGUCCUCGCAGCACCUCCAUGAAAGACCGACAGAACUCCAAGGCCCAGAGCGACAGAACCAGCAGCAUGGAGAGCGAGUGCUCCCCAGACUCGCGUCUCAUAGCACAGGUUCCAAGGAAGUCCGUGUAUGACCAGCUGAACCAGAUCCUCAUCUCCGACGAACGCCUGCCAGAGAGCAUCAUCCUCAUUAACACCAUGGAGUGGCAAGGACAGUAUGUAUCCGAGUUGCUCCAUGAACAGGGCCAGCCCAUUGUGUCCACCUGCUCUGCUGCCGAUGUUCAAGCUGCCUUUAACACCAUCGUUACUCGCAUCCAGAGAUUCUGUAACUGCAAUGCACAGACACCACCGACGAUGAAGGUGGCCGUGGCAGGCGACCAGAGUUACCUCAGCACCAUCUUGAGGUUCUUCGUGGAGCAGCUGGCCAACAAGACACCUGACUGGCUCAGUUACAUACGCUUCCUGGUGAUCCCCAUAGGUUCUCAUCCCCUGGCAAAGUAUGUGGCCUCCUUUGACAGCAGGUUCAACAGCAUCUUUAUGGACACUGCAUGGAGGGAGCUGUUCUGCAGGACGGAACGGCCCACCUCAGACAACAUAGACAUAGCAGGACGAGUCGUUCAGUAUCUGGUCGGUGCCAACGUGUCCCACCAAUUCCCCAUCUCAGAAGCAAUGCUCACCUACAAACAGAAGAGCCCUGAUGAGGACUCCUGUCAAAAAUUUGUGCCAUUUAUUGGGGUUGUGAAAGUUGGGAUUGUGGAGCAAAGCCUCUCAACUUCAGUGGACUCCGAUGAUGCGAUGGGGGUCAACACAAGCAUCCUGUCCUCCCCAACGCCCCCAUCGGCCGGUCCGUAUGGGAAGGAAAUUGGGGGCACCCCCCCACAGUCGCCCUCUGUGUCCACAGCCCUGUCAGGAGCUGGCUCUCCAUGUUCGGGCAGUGAAGUGAUGGGGCUCCAGGUGGACUACUGGACGUGGCAAGGCCCAGAGAAGAAGAAAGAGGGGGAGAAGAGAGACGUGGGACUGAAGAACACCCUGAAGAGUAACUUCCGGUCACUGCAAGUCAGCCGUCUGCCCUGUGGAGGGGAACUCACCCCCCCACCCAGCAUGGCCAUGACUGUGGUCACCAAGGAGAAGAACAAGAAAGUGAUUUUUCUCAGCAAGAAGCCCAAGGAGAAAGAGCUGGACUCUAAGAGCCAAGUGAUUGAUGGCAUCAGCAGGUUGAUCUGCACCGCCAAGCACCAGCACACCAUGCUGAGAGUCACUAUUGAUGGAGUGGAGUGGAACGAUGUGAAGUUUUUCCAGCUCGCUGCCCAGUGGCCAACCCAUGUCAAGCACUUCCCGGUGGGAAUCUUUGGUUACACUAAGCCCGUGUGACCCUGGCCACCGUCCACUCAACCGCCACCAGAAUCUCCGCUGCACUUGUCUCACCGAGAGGCUACAGAGAAUUAGAGGAAAAGCCAACAGGGCCCCCGACCCCCCCCCACCCUCCCGGCAGUAAUAGUUUUCCUGUGGAAAUCUUACUGACUCACAACCACGUGUUCAAUACACACAUUUCAUGUUGUCAAUUGGAUGUUUUUGAUGUUGUUGGGUGUUGAUGUUUUUCUUUUUUUUUUUUUU